AUGUUAUUGCUUUGGGUCAUGUUUGGCUCGUAUAUUCUAGAUAUAAAAGCUGGAGCAGGAGCAUCAUCACCUUUGGAAAUAACAAUUGAAGCCAAAUUGAAGCAACUCAACAAGCCUUACCUUAAAACCAUUAAGAGUGAAGAUGGGGAUAUUAUUGACUGCGUCGACGUCUACAAACAACCUGCUUUUGACCAUCCUGCCUUACAAAACCACAAAAUUCAGAUGAUACCAGACUUUUUGCAAGAAUCUCAUAAUGCAAGCGCAAAAGAUGUUUUUCAAAUAUGGCAGAGAAGCGAAAGUUGUCCAGAAGGAACCAUCCCUAUCCGCAGAAUUAUGAAGGAGGACUUACUCAGAAUCGCUUCUUCCAACCGUUUCGGGAUGAAACCCCCAGCAAUUUUUAAGAAUUCAACAAAGACAACAAACGCCUACAACCUUCAUUUUCCCAACCUCAAUGUCACCAAUGGAGUUGUUCCGGAAGAUCGCUCGGCAGCAUAUCUUGAAGCAAUGGGACAAAAUUUUAUGGGUGCAGAAGCAGAUAUUAACGUUUGGAAUCCAAACAUUGACCUGCCAGAUGAUUUCACCACUGCUCAAAUCUGGCUUAAGGCCAGAAAUGGUAUUGAUUUUGAAAGCGUCGAAGCAGGCUGGGUGGUGAAUCCUAAGUUAUAUGGUGACAAAGCCACUCGGUUGUUUGCCUACUGGACUACGGAUUCAUACCAGUCAACAGGUUGCUUUGAUCUUACUUGCUCUGGGUUUGUGCAAACAGGCACCGAAGUAGCGCUUGGUGCUGCCUUAAAACCCGUGUCAUCCGAUUCUGGCAAUCAGUACGACUACAACGUUGGGAUGUACUUGGAUUACGCAGGGAAUUGGUGGCUUAGAGUGAGGAACAAUAAACCUGUAGGUUAUUGGCCUGCCGAACUGUUCAGUUCUUUAACCUCCAGUGCCAUAGUGGUUGAAUGGGGUGGACAAGUGUUCAGUUCGAAUCUGAAAAAAACCACCCCUCACACGCGAACAGCAAUGGGCAGUGGAAAUUUCCCGGAUGGUCAAUUUGGGCAUUCAUGCUUCAUGCGCAAUCUGAGGAUUAAGGAUAAUUCGCUUGCUCUCAAGUACCCUCAAAAUGUAAAUGCAUCGGCGGAAGAACCCAACUGUUACAAGGCCUUGAAUGUCAUGAAAAAUGGAGCGGAGCCUGUCUUCUAUUUUGGAGGGCCCGGACAAAGACCUCCCAAUUGUCCUUGA